AUGGCACACAAAUCUGAUCCAAACAAGCAAGGAUGGGAAGAAUCUGAAUUUCCAAUCCUUUGCGAAACUUGUUUGGGAGAUAACCCUUACGUUCGAAUGACUAAACAAUGUUAUGGUAAAGAAUGUAAAGUGUGCUCUCGUCCUUUUACAAUUUUCCGAUGGCUUCCUGGUGCUGGAAUGAGAUAUAAAAAAACAGAAAUAUGUCAAACCUGUGCAAAAUUAAAAAAUGUCUGUCAAACAUGUUUAUUGGAUUUACAAUAUAAUCUUCCAGUUCAAGUUCGUGAUACUGCUCUUAAUGUUACUAAUGAUGCGCCUAGAUCUGAUAUUAACAGAGAGUACUUUGCACAAAAUAUUGAAGGAAAGAUUUCGGGUCCAGAAAGCCUUAUAAAUUAUGGAAAGGCUGAUUCAGCAGGAAAAGACAUGCUAAAAAAAUUAGCUAGAACAGAACCUUAUUACAAACGAAAUAGACCACAUAUUUGUUCAUUUUAUGUUAAAGGAAACUGCACACGUGGCGACGAAUGUCCUUACAGGCAUGAAAUACCCGAAGAAAAUGAGUUGUCACAUCAAAACAUUAAAGAUAGAUAUUAUGGAACCAAUGAUCCAGUUGCCAAGAAAAUGCUUAAUCGGGUAAAAGGUGGUGGUGGUUCAAACAUUACCCCUCCUGAAGAUAAAACUAUAACUUCAUUAUUUAUUACAGGAAUAGAAGAUGACAUUACAGAAUCAGAUCUAAG